GACUCCAUCACUGCACCGGGGUUAAUAAAUUCUUAGUAACAAGUUUUUGAAACUUUAUGGGAAAUCCUUAUUCCUCAUAUAGUGGUGAUAAAUUCUUAGCAACAAGUUCUUUUUUAACAAAUUUAGAAGAAUUAUUAUUAUAGUUAUAGUAGCUAACACAACCAAACUUAGAAUACCUACUGUACCAAGAAAAAAAAAAAAAAAAGAAUACCUUUCUUCAACUUGGCUUCUAGUUUAUGGAUGAAAUGUUACAAGUGGUGGGGCAAGCAAUAUGUGUUAGGAAACUCAUGUAUGACGGUCAUGGAACAGCACAACUGGAAUGGGGGAUCUUCAAUGACAAGGAAGCAAAGACUGAUUACUUUUUCCAGCUAGUUCAAACCGGAUCUUUUUACUGGGCAAAAAAUAUUGCAGGCUUGGACGGAUUCUCUUUAUCAAAUUGGUGCAAGAAUCCAAUUAAAUGUUUGCAGAUCAAAGCCAAAGAGAAAGACAGAGCAUGAACUGGACUUUCUGAUCUUUACGUUUGUGACUUCUUUUUUAUAGAAGCCGGUGAAAAAGAUUAAUUGUAAUCGGCUGUUUUUUGAAAGUCGAAAUCACUAAAUCAAAAUUACAUUUAUACAUUAUGAAUUAAAAUUUACUUGAUUCAUAAUAUAUACAUGUUAUAAACGCUGUGAAGAAAGCAAGACAAAUACAGGAUCAAGUGACAUGCAUGAUUUAGUUCGAAUUUAUGUGUUUGUGAUUUAAUUAUUUUGCAUGUUGGGAGAAUUUUUAGUCAUGUUCAUAAUAAAAUUGUGUGCCCCUUGUAUUUUUAUUUAAUAUAAAUUUUGUUUGGAA